CAUAAAUACGUUAUAACUUUUCGUUGUGGUAUUUUCUACACAAUAUAAAAGAGAAACAAAUUAAGUACGGCAUCAGUUGAAUAACACACUCCGUUCAUCAAUAUUUAUUGUCGAAGUUUUUAAGUGACAAUCAUAUAUAAAAAAGCAAAUAAUCAUGACAGACAAAAAUAAUAUUUUGUAUUUGUUCGAUCGUCCCACUGAACCCAUAUUCAUCGGAAAAGGUGAUGAAAACGUAUCUUUCGACGUACCAGCAGAAUAUUUGACUGAUCGAUACAAGCCACUGGCAUCCGACAUUCAAAAUCGUUUUUCUGGCGGAAAAACUAUCUCAAUUACUAAGUUGGACCGUAUCCCCGACCUGUCAUUUCCACUGUCACUUCCCAGAGAUGCGGCAUUUUCUCUUUUUAUUCCGUACCACUCUAAAAUGGCUUCAAAAUUGAUUGAAAUUUUUAUGGAUACAAAAUCUUUCGAUGAAUUAUUAUCGUUAGCCGUGUACUGCCGCGAUCGAAUUAACCCGUACAUGUUUAUUUAUGCAUUAUCCGUUGUCGUGACACAUAGGCCCGACACUCGUAAUUUGGAACUGCCAUCGCAUGUAGAAAUGUUUCCAAGUCUGUACAUGGACGCGACAGUUUUUGGCCGCGCCAGAGAAGAAUCGGCAGUGGUUCAAACAGGUUCAAGGACCCCGAUUGAAAUACCACACGAUUAUUCUGCCAACGAUCUGGAUUUCGAGCACAGAAUUAGCUACUUCCGCGAGGACAUCGGUAUUAAUCUUCAUCAUUGGCAUUGGCAUUUGGUUUAUCCGUUCGAAGGACCGAUGAGUAUUGUAAAUAAAGACAGACGCGGUGAACUAUUUUAUUACAUGCAUCAACAGAUCAUAGCCAGAUACAAUAUGGAACGACUGAGUAAUGAUAUGAAUAGAGUUGUUCGCCUGACAAAUUGGCGUGACCCGAUUUUGGAAGGUUAUUUUCCGAAAUUAGACAACAUUUUAGCCAACCGUGUAUGGCCACCUAGACCUGUCAACGCCCGACUUUCUAACAUUAACAGAGAAGUUGAACAGAUAUCGUUCGACAUCGAAGAUCUGGAACGUUGGAGGGACCGUAUAUUCAACGCUAUACAUUCUGGAUUUAUUAUUAAUACCGCUGGACAGCAAGUUCGUUUAACUGAAACUGACGGAAUUAACAUUUUGGGAAACCUUAUUGAAGCUAGCGUACUAAGUCUGAAUCAAAAUUUGUACGGUUCUCUUCAUAACAAUGGCCACAACGCAAUCUCUUUCAUCCAUGAUCCCGAUAAUAGAUUUUUGGAAAACUAUGGAGUUAUGGGCGACUCUGCUACUGCCAUGCGUGAUCCUAUAUUUUAUCGUUGGCAUGCAUAUAUUGACGAUAUAUUCCAAGAAUUUAAAGCCACAAUACCUAGUUAUAACGUUCAAAAUUUGAGUUUCGAAAACGUAAGAGUACAAAGCGUAGAAAUUGCAGCCACUGGAAUACCACGUAAUGAGUUUUCGACGUUCUGGCAACAAAGUGAUGUUGACUUGUCUAGAGGUUUGGACUUUUUGCCACGUGGAUCUGUAUUUGCUCGGUUCACUCAUUUACAACAUGCACCGUUCAAUUACAAAAUUACCGUUGAAAAUAAUGGAAACCAGCGAGUUGGAACAGUUCGCAUCUUUAUUGCUCCUAGGUUUGAUGAACGAGGUUUACCAUUCUUAUUUAGGGAACAGAGAAAACUUUUUGUUGAGCUUGACAAAUUUAGCGUAACACUAAAGAGAGGAAGAAAUGAUAUCACUCGAAGAUCUAUCGAAUCAUCAGUAACCAUACCACACGAUGUAACUUAUCGAAACUUAGAUAGAAACAGACCAUCCGGUAAUUCAGAAGCAGCGGCAGCUUUUAAUUUCUGCGGUUGUGGUUGGCCACAAAACAUGUUGAUACCCAAAGGGUCAUCCGAAGGAUUCCAGUGCCAAUUGUUUGUCAUGAUAUCUAACGGUGCCAACGAUCAGGUGGAGAAUGCACAAGCGGACGGUCAAACUUGUGACAAUGCUUCUAGCUACUGCGGUAUUCGUAACGCGCGUUAUCCAGACGCCAGAUCUAUGGGCUAUCCGUUUGAUCGUACACCAAGAGACGGAGUGGUCACUCUCCAACAGUUUUUGACACCGAACAUGGCUGUACAGGACGUGCGUAUACGUUUUUCGAAUCGCACAGUGGCACCAUUGCAAAACAGAACAGGAACCCAACAGGUUCAAACUCCAAAAACUACACCAGCAAAAGCUUCGUCGGGAGGUUCCAAUUGGAACUAAGUAACAACACUGGGAGAACGUGAUACUUGUCUUGUGUUGCACUGGACAAAUAUGAUUCGAGUUCAUUCAAUAUUUUAAGUUAAUAUUAUUACAUAAAUAUUCAUCACAUCUCAACAUUACCUGUAUUGCUUUAUGAAAAAUUAUAAAAUAAAUUACCUUACCUAUAUGCUUUAUGUAUGAUUCAAAAUAUAUUAUUAUAAAAAUAUCGAUUAUAAAAUAUGGCAUAAUAAAAUUUACUUACUAAUAUUAAA